AUGCCAUUUUUCCGGAUCCUCAGCACCAUCCUGGUUCUGCUCAGCCUCCUGCUGCUGAUGAUCGCCCUGGGCUCCGACUUCUGGGUGACGGACAACAGAGGCAUCCAGAUCGGGCUGUGGAAGACCUGCAUCCGUUCAGUGUGUUUUCAAUAUUCUUCAGCACCAGGUUACAUUGACGCCACCAGGGCUUUCCUGUUCCUGGCCCUGAUCGCCGGGUUUCUCUCCCUCUUCACUCUCAUCGCUUCGAUAUUCCGCUCCCACCUCGGCCCCGUGGCCCUGACCCUGGUCUCUGCCGUGGCCAGCUUCAGCGCAGGGCUCUGUGCCAUGAUCGCGCUGGCCGUGUUCACAGGAGAAGUAGCUAAGACCUUGAAUGUCCCACUAGGCCAAGUCCCCUUCGGCUGGUCCUUCGGCCUCGGCUGGGCCUCCUUCCCCCUCUUCCUCAUCACUGGUGCAGUGAUGAUGUUCGUCCAGAAAUCGCCCUCGAGCUGAGCCUGGGGCCGUGCUGCCCGAAGGGGGCCAGAUGCAGCCUGC